ACGAGUCUCUUCCUUGACUGGGGCAGCAGCAGGCGCCCCUCCCCAAGGGCGAGAUGGACCCCGAGGCUUGGCCUCAGGCUCUGCACCCUGGGGACGUGAAGAACAGGAGGGGGGGCAGGCUGAGGGCAACCCUUUAUAGGCAGCAGACGCUGUUCUCACCCACCACCGCUCACGGUGCGCAGCAGCCUCGGCAGGGACCGCGAGCCCAGGCUGAGCGCCAGGGAGACAGAAGCGCAGCGACUCACCCGCGGCCGCCGGCCACCCGCCCGACUCCGCGGCGCUCCUCAUGGGACCCCGGCGCCUGGCGUUCUUGCUGCCUCUGCUGCUCCUGCUGCAGACGGAUUAUAAAGGCGCUUUGGGAAAAAAACAUUCUAGGAAUCGAAGAGGAAUCCUUGAAUUAGCUGGAGCCAUUAAAUGCAGCACAGGACGCACUCCUUUUGCCUAUCUACGUUAUGGAUGCUACUGUGGUCUGGGAGGGCAAGGCUGGCCCAAGGAUAAAGUAGACUGGUGCUGCUUUAAGCAUGACUGCUGCUACAGUAAAGCAGAGCAAGCAGGCUGUAAGCCCAAGAUAGAGAGCUAUAACUGGGAAUGUGAAGACAAUGCUGCUGUGUGUGAUUCACUAGAAGACAAAUGCCAAAAAAUAUUGUGUGAAUGUGACCGCAAAGCUGCCAAGUGUUUGGCUAAAGCCCCUUAUUACCCAAGGUACAUUUUCUGGCCAGAUUUUGUAUGUGGUGACAAUCACCCAAAGUGUAAGUUUUAGUGAAACAGGAGGACACUACUCUAAUAUUUAUAAAAAUCUGUAUGUGCUUUUGAAUUUAAAAAAUAAAAUUUCUCCCAUCAAAAA